GUACCAAUUGAGUGGGAGACAGUAGACGUGACCCCAGUAAGAGGUCCAGACGGAAAAUUCGGAAUUCCCCAAGCUGCAAUUGACUCCGUAAAUAAAAAUAAAAUCGGCCUGAAAGGUCCGCUGAUGACUCCAAUCGGCAAAGGACAUCGAUCUUUAAAUUUAGCUUUAAGAAAAGAAUUCAACUUGUAUGCUAACGUGAGACCCUGUAGAUCAUUGGAAGGUUACAAAACUCUUUAUGAUAACGUUGAUGUAGUGACUAUCCGUGAAAACACAGAAGGUGAAUACUCUGGUAUCGAACAUGAGAUUGUGGACGGCGUCGUUCAGUCGAUAAAACUUAUCACUGAGGAAGCUUCAAGUCGAGUUGCUGAGUUCGCUUUUCAGUAUGCUACUGAUAAUGGCCCAAAAAAAUUCCCCAACGUUAAAUUCGAGGAACGUUACCUCGACACAGUCUGUCUGAACAUGGUGCAAGACCCUUCCCAGUACGACGUCCUGGUGAUGCCAAAUCUGUACGGUGACAUCUUAUCUGACAUGUGUGCUGGUCUAGUCGGUGGUCUCGGUUUGACCCCCAGUGGCAACAUCGGACUCAACGGCGCUCUCUUUGAGUCCGUCCACGGAACCGCUCCGGACAUCGCUGGACAAGACAAAGCCAACCCCACUGCCUUGUUGCUGUCCGCUGUCAUGAUGCUUAAGUACAUGGGUCUCAAUGACCACGCUCGCAUUAUUGAACACUCGGCUUACGAUACUAUCAAGGAAGCGAAAUUUUUGACCGGUGACUUGGGCGGUAAGGCCAAGUGCAGCGAGUACACUAAUGAAAUUUGCAAGAGAGUUAUUGCCCAAACUAAAUAA